UCAAAAGCUUCUCUUAAUUCACAUACAAACGGAUGAAGUGAAGCUCGCCCACCAGUGCCAGAGCUGCAGCCAUGAACUCAGAAAAUCCCCCCAGAGUCCGGCCAUCAAAACCUCCAAAACGCCUCUUAUUUGACAGGCGUUACGGUUGGGUGUUUGAUGAAUGGAAGGAGCCUUCAGAAGAAGCUUUAUCCGGUGGCAGAGGAAUGUUUUGCAUUUUACCUCUUGCGAAGGCAUUGGUAAAGAUCGCUACACAAUCGGUCAAUUUUGCAGUGGUCUCUGUGGACCAAUUUCUCAGAAGGCCCAAGCAGUUCUCCCCUCAGGCGUUGAAAGUGGCUCUAAAUGAUCAGUUUCAGAAAUUCAUGUGCUCCAUAAAAAGAACCAAUCUCAACUUAUUAACCCCCAAAGGGAACUCUUCCAUACUCUCCGAGGGUUCCAUCCAGCAUGUGCAUCUGAAGAACAAUGGUUCAGAAAAUGGGUGAAGUAUGGCUGUUGGAACAGCUAGUGUAUGAUGGCAUGGUCUGGUUGAAGUGGAUCACGGAGGCGUCUUGAUGCCUUGUUGCACGAGCUAUCCUGUAUGCUAAUGUACCGCAGUAAACCCAUCCAAGUGUAAGCAGUUUCACAAAUGUGAUAUGUUCAACUACAGAAAUAGUUAUGUUGCUAGCUCAAAAACCACCGUUUUGAAACCCAAGUUUGGGCCUGUUUGAUGGGAACUAGCGAGCUUCCUUGCCACCAUAAUCAGGAUUUUGGAAUGUUGAAACAGCUGAAUUGGCCAUUCCAUCAAACCAGAGUGACAAUGGGUGGAGUAUGAAAUAUGAUCUGUUAUUCAAGUCUUUUAAUAUGAUUUUAACAUGGUAGUUAAAGGUC